CACUUUUGAAUACAUUUGUCCCCCAUGUAUGUCAUUUCCGGAUACGUGCUAAAUCGUUCUUUCUGUUCGUGGAUGUGGUGAAUCGUUAUCUUGUUCGAUCGAUUGAAUCAAGUCAUCAUCUUUGAUCGUAAUUUAAUUAGGAAUUGAAAGUUUUCUCUGUUGUAUCAAAUAUGUUACGACAUAUAAUGGGAGGCCUUGGAUCUCUCAGAAUUAGGACGUACGGAGCUAGUUACCAUAGUGGGAACUAUAGAACAAAAGAAAGAGGAUCUGUAUAUAAAAAUAAUGCUAAUAAUAGAAAUGGACGAUUUGAGAAUCGCAAUAAAAAUAAUAUGCAUGGUAAUAUCGGGCCCUUGAAAAAGCCAAAUUGGAACUUUGUAAAUUUAGAGCCUUUUAAAAAAGAUUUUUAUAUACCACAUCCUAAUGUUCAAUCACGGCACCCACAAGAAGUAGAUAUAUUUAGACAAGAAAAUCAAAUUACUCUUAAGGGAGAAAAAAUUCCUAAUCCUAUACAACAUUUUGAAGAAGGAAAUUUCCCUGAUCAUGUAAUGCAAUGUAUCAGAAAACAUGGGUUCAAUGAACCAACUGCUAUUCAGGCUCAAGGUUGGCCAAUUGCUAUGUCUGGACAGAAUAUGGUUGGAAUAGCGCAAACUGGAUCUGGAAAGACUUUAGGAUAUAUCCUUCCUGCGAUAGUACAUAUUAGCAGUCAACAAGCUUUAAGUCAUGGUGACGGACCAAUUGCUCUAAUUCUAGCACCAACAAGAGAAUUGGCACAGCAAAUUCAGAAAGUUACGCAAACUUUUAGUUACGUAAAAAGCACUUGUAUUUUUGGUGGAGCACCAAAAGGAAGUCAAGCUCGUGAUUUAGAACAAGGAGUUGAGAUUUGCAUUGCUACACCUGGACGAUUAAUUGACUUUUUGGAACGUGGUGUAACUAAUUUACGUAGAUGCACAUAUUUGGUGUUAGAUGAAGCAGAUAGAAUGUUGGAUAUGGGUUUUGAACCACAGAUCCGUAAAAUUAUUGAACAAAUCAGACCAGACAGACAAGUGCUGAUGUGGUCUGCAACUUGGCCAAAAGAAGUUCGAAAUCUUGCAGAAGAAUAUCUUGUAGACUAUACACAAUUGAACAUUGGAUCAUUAACAUUGGCAGCUAAUCAUAAUAUUCUUCAAAUUGUUGAUGUUUGCGAAGAACAUGAAAAACAAACAAAAUUGCAAAAUCUUCUUCAGGAGAUCAGUAGUAUCAAUCCAGAUGAUGGAAAAACAAUAAUUUUUGUAGAGACAAAGAAAAAAGUGGAGGUUAUCACUAGAACUAUUCGUCGAUAUGGUUGGCCGGCUGUAUGUAUACACGGUGACAAAUCACAAACAGAAAGAGAUUUUGUUCUUACAGAAUUUAGAAGGAAUAAGGAUUCAAUUCUUGUAGCAACAGAUGUUGCUGCUCGUGGAUUGGAUGUCAACGAUGUAAAGUACGUGAUCAACUUCGAUUAUCCGACUUCAUCUGAAGACUACAUUCAUAGAAUUGGCAGGACAGGCCGUUCAAAUAAUGCAGGAACGAGUUAUGCAUUCUUUACACCACAAAAUGGCCGACAAGUUAAAGGUUUAAUUAAUGUACUUAGAGAAGCGAAACAAGUUAUCAAUCCAAAACUUUUGGAACUUGCAGACAAAAAUGAUAAUGAUUCUAUGCGAAAUCGUUGGGGCAAUGGAAAUUACCGCAGAAGAGAAACAAUUUUUCCUAAAACACAUACACGAUUCGAAAAUUUAAGUUACGCCUCAUAGUCAGUUUAAUUCAACUUUCGAUUAAAAACUUUCUGAAUAAGUCACUUUUUGAAGAUCUGAAACUUGUUUCUUUGUGAUUAGAAAAAGUUCUUUGUCAGUGCUUUAUUGCUUUAUAUUAAAUCCGUGCUCAGUUUUUUAAAAAUUUUUAUUUAUAAUCCUACUAUUGUAGUUAACAACAAUAGUAUAAAAUUCAGUAGUAUCAAAUUCAAACAGAAGAUACAAUAAGUAUCUUUGUUAUAUUUACAUUAUAAUAGUAAUAUUUUGCACUACCUUUUUAUUUUUCCAUUCAGUCGAACACGCAUAAAAUAAUUAAGUAUAAGAGCAUACUUAAUAUGGAAUGAUUGACAAUCUUCUAGAAAAUUAAAUUUGAUCUAAAAAGUUUUUCAUUUUAUUGAAAAAUGAUUUGAAAGAAAUAGUUUUUAUUCAAUUUUUUUAGUGCAGGAAACUUAAUUUAUAAUUCUUUAGGGAAUUUAAAAGCUGGAGCUCAGUAAGAUAUAAGUAUCAUAAUAGAUGUAAUCAGUAUUCAUUCCACUUCAAUGUGGCCAAUUUUAUAUUUGGUCAUAUAGUCCGUUUAUUUGUUAAUGUCUGUAAACUUAUAUGGGAGAAGCUACUAAAUAUUAACUGUAAAACUACACUCUAUUUACUUGCAUAUCUUAUACUCUGUGUCACUAUUGUAGUUUCAAUACAUUAAAAUCUUACCUGGAUCGAGUUUGUAGUAAAAUUAUGUAUCUUAAGUAA